AUGACGUUCAACGGGCCGGUGACAAUCAUGCCCAUGCGCCACAGCACUGGUCCGGCUUUGGCAGACCCGCCACCGCGCCAUCCGCCGGCCAAGACCCCCACCACCGCGCGCCAUCCGCCGGCCAAGACCGCCACCGCCGCGCGCCGUCCGCCGCCGCGGAAGGCGAUCGCCAAACGACGAUGUUACAGGUGCCGACAUGUUGGCCAUACCGUGCAGCAAUGCCCCGAGCUCCAACAUCCGGUCUCCUCCAACAGCGACAUUGUGGUUUUCGCCACCCAUCUGAAACAGACCCACCAUCCAUACGACCGACGCAGUUCAGUUCCUAACACUGCAGUCGAAAGCUCACGUCACCGCGUCAGUCGAUCUUCGGAGGACCAUCGGGUCGUUUCAGAGGAGUUUCGGGAUGGUUCGAGUCGUUCGAGAACCCUGCACCAGUCACUGACCGUUCUGAGUCCUCUCGAUGAGGCUCCGGGAGGUCGGAGUCGUUUCACAGCCACUGCCGCUGCAUCCACGGAAAGUCGAAGACGACACAACGAUAAACGAUGA